AUGCCGGGGAUGGAAACAAAGGACAUCAAGAUCCACGGCGCAAGCCUGGAUAAGGCUGUCCGUGAGAAACUCCCGGCUACCCACAUCACCGAGAUCUUGGGAAGACUGAAGAGCGAUGUUGUCGCGACAGAGCAAAUUCUGAGGGAGACUAAGAUCGGAAUGAUUGUUAACAAGCUUCGUGGACAUGCCGAUAAGACUGUCUCUGAGCUUGCAAAGGAUAUUGUCAACAAGUGGAAGAAGGACGUUAGCAUGAAGCCUAAAUCCGGCUCUUCGAGCGAUGCCAAAGGUGGUGUGGCCAUGAAGAAAGAAGCGAGCACAAAUGGUGGAACCUCAGGAAAAGAUACGCCGAACAAGUCGACACCGACACCCUCGGUACCCAGGAAAACUGGAGGUUCAUCGGUGGACCCGAUGAAGAGAAGCCAUAAAACCGAUGGCGUGGAAUGCAACAUUUUUGGGGGCGAUGAGGUUCGUACGAAGUCUCUAGCUAUGAUCUAUGACGGUCUAGUUAUCGGAGCCCUAGCGACACCCGAUGAUGUUUUCAAACUCGCCAAGGAUACCGAACACAAUCUCUACCGUAACCACGGAAGUAAGACCGACACAGCAUACCGAAACAAACUCCGAUCUCUCUUUUUCAACCUGAAAGACCCUAAAAAUCCUAGCUUGAGAAAUAACGUCAUUUCGGGGAGAAUCGAGCCCAUGAGACUCGCCUUAAUGUCAUCGGAGGAGAUGGCAUCUGCUGAACGAAAGCGGGAAGACGAAAAGAUUGAGCAGGAAAAUAUGAAAGAGGCCAUGGUUGCCAAAGCCCCCACAAGUGUCACAGAUCAGUUACGCUGUGGCAAAUGCGGCAAGAGGAACGUUUCUUACAGUCAGGCACAGACCCGCUCUGCCGACGAACCGAUGACAACAUUCUGUGAAUGUCUACAGUGUGGUAAUCGUUGGAAGUUUUCGUAA